AUGUUUCUGAGGAAUCUCUUUGAUUUUUGCUUGCAGGCGGCGUGGGGUGGGGGCCUGCUGAUGUCAGACCGACACAGGAUGAAACUACAGGGCAUUGAACGAGCCUGGUCCGUCACCUGGAAUCCUCACAAGAUGAUGGGCGUCCCUCUGCAGUGCUCCGCCAUACUGAUCAAGAAGAGGGGUCUCUUACAGGGGUGUAAUGAGAUUGGGGCCACUUACCUCUUCCAGACGGACAAACACUACGAUGUGAACUACGACACCGGAGAUAAGAGCAUCCAGUGUGGCCGACACCAGGACGUCUUCAAGCUUUGGCUCAUGUGGAAGGCAAAGGUAUUCCUGUGCAAUACGAGAGUGACUCAUGUGAAGACCGCAUCUGAUUUUCUCUUGAUGUUGGGGACUUCCUUUUCGAUGGGAAUCCUUUUCUUUUUGUCCUUAUCUUUAUUAGAUCAAAUAUGCACAAAUGUAUUUUAACGAUUAGUUGAGCCACCAGUGAAGCAGCGAUGACGUAGUGUAUUUUUCUAAGCUGCUUUACAAGUUAGCAUCACAAGGGCUCAAACGACAAAAAGCAAUGGGAUUCUUUCAACGGGAAAGUUGAAGAAAAUAAUGAUGAUUAG